AAUAAAACCCUAAUUUUCCCUUCUCUCUCCUUUCUUUCUCUCUCCAAUUUUGGUACUCGGUGCGGUGUUCUCUCUCAGUAAAAUGGCAACGGCGGGCGAAGGCACGGCGGCGGCGGCGGCAUACGAAGGAGGAGGAGCCGGAGGAAAGUUUAGGAAAAGGCCGUUACGUCGGAACCAGAAUAAUACUCCGUACGAUCGUCCACCGACGGCACUUCGAAACUCUAGUUGGCUUACUAAGCUCGUGGUGGACCCCGCAUCAAAGCUCAUAACUUCCGGUGCUCAACGCUUCUUUUCCUCAAUAUUCCAAAAGCGCCUCCCCCCUUCCCCCACGCCAUUACCUCCACCUCCUCCAGGACCAAGCCAAGAAUCAAAGGAUCUGCGUCAGGAGUCAAGUCCCAAUGAGUAUACUGGAGCACUAGUGGUGGCAGGACAAGGAGAUGACCAUGCUGCAUGCAGCUCGGCGGACGGCACAUUCUCAGAGCUUGAGCAGCUGUUGAAACAGAAGACAUUUACCAGAACUGAGAUUAAUCGCUUGACAGAACUUUUGCGCUCAAAAGCUGCAGACGUGCCUAUGGGAGAUGAGGAGAAAAGAGCCGAGGCCAUUCUAUCUAGACGUGCAUUGGAUUCUUCGAGCAGCUUGAUGGAAGGAAAUAGGUCUGUGAAGGUUACAUCCGGUGAAGUUGUCGCAACUCCUGUCACGAAUUCCAGGAUUCUUGAAGAUGAUAUUGCAUCCCCUGCUGAGCUUGCAAAAGCUUACAUGGGGAGUAGGUCAUCAAAGGUGUCGCCGUCAAUGCUGAGCACGCGUAGUCAAGCUGUGAGAGAAGAUACACCUCUGCUAAGAAAUGUACAGUAUGUCCAAAAAUCACCUCUUCCAUCAGCAACAACUAGGACUGCUGGUCUUCUCUGCGUUCGAGAAAAUGGGUUUACCACUCCAAGAUCUCAUGGCAGAUCUGCUAUAUACAGCAUGGCUCGUACGCCAUACUCUAGAGUUCGUCAAACUGAGGUUCAGAAGGCUACCAGCUUGACAAAUUAUGUCAAUGGUGGGUGUUCAUCAUCUAGGUCAGUGUCGGAGCACGAUGUACUUUUUGGUUCUAAACAGGCCCUUAAACGAAGAAGCUAUGUUCUGGAUGAUGAUCUUGGAUCUGUUGGUCCCAUGCGUAGGAUUAGGCAGAAACCUAAUCUUCUAUCUUUUGGAGUUUCACGUCCCAGUGCUGGAGUUGCUUCAGCCAGCAACCUGCAUCCGGAGGUAUCAAAAGUUGUUGGAGAUGUCCAAGAUAAUAAAACCACGCCUACAAGGCAUAUUGCCGUUCCUCCAAAGUCUAGUGAGACUGCUGCAAAGAUAUUGGAGCAUCUCGAAAAGAUGACCCCAAAGGGAAAAUCAUCAGAAUCCAAAUUAGCUGCAGGGAAAGAGAAUAAACUGACACCGAACAUGCUUCAUGGACGAGCUCUUAGAAGCUUGGAGGAUUUGGAUUCACCCAAGCUGCUGCAGAGCGCACGCGAUAGCUAUAAGCUGGAGAACUGGUCUAAAAUAUUUCCUCCCAAUCCCCGUGAAGCGAAGCAAGGGGAAAUUGAACAAAAUGGGCGUAGUUCUGCUAGCGAGUCAGCUGCUAAAGGGAAAAACGACACAAUCUUUUCAUUUAAAGAUACUCAACCCACUGUUGAAACCAAUUCCAUGGUAAACCAGUCUGCAACUCAACCUCCUCCCAAGAAACGAGCUUUUAAGAUGAGUGCACACGAGGAUUCUUUUGAGCUAGAAGAGGACAUACACUCUAAUGGGCCUUCAUCUCAAUUAGCUGAAGGGAGAGGGAAGCUGGAAAUAUCUGCUGCGGACCAGAAGCCAUUAUGUGCUGCUGAACCCACGAGCAAACCUGCUGCUUUGCUGGAAGUAAGGACUCCUUCUGGUGUUUUAGGCAAAAACUCUGAUACAGAGACUCCUGAUAGUGGUGCCACCGCUGUCAAGAACACCAUUUUCCUGCCUAGUGCAGGUUCCCAAUCACUAGCAACGGCGUCUAACAAGGAGACAAAUGUUGACAAGGUUCCACCAUUUGUAUUUUCGUCAUCAACCCAAAUCACUGUGUCAAAGCCAGGAAGCUCGAGCGGUGUAUCCAAUCUAGCGUCCAGCCCAACUGGUGCUCGGCCUAAUCCUUUUCAGCUGGAUAACUCACAGAAGGCUGUGGACAGCAAUGGAAAAUUAGAAGCAUCAUCAUCUGGUCCAUCAAGUUCAAUAUCAGCAAGUGGUAUUUUCUCAUUAGGUGCUCCAUCCAGCACUUCAAGUUUAAGUAAUGGACUAUUUGCUCCUAGUCCUGCUAUCUCAACCACCUCUGCCUUGUUGUCAGGUAAUUUUACAAAUGGUAUUUCUACUAGUAGCUCAAAUAUUUUGUCCCCUUUGACGAGCAUUGUGAGUAUGAUUGCUGCCACAACAGGCAGCUCUACUGCUUCCGCGAGCAGUCUCUUUGGUUCCAGUGCAGCAUCCUCAGUUUCGAAGGAACCUCCUAUUGGUUUCUUUGGAGUUCCUUCAGAAACAGUUUCAGCACCAUCAACAACUUCCACCGCAGAAACUACAGACGUGAACGCCAAAUCCGAGACUGGAACUACUUUUGGCAACUUGAAGAGUUCACCUUUUGUGGUUGCGUCUUUUGCAGCUACAGGCUCUGGAAAUAGUAUCUCUGGUUUUAGUUCAUCAGUAAUGUCAGCGGUUACUACAGGUAGUACACAGUCUCAGGGUUCUGUUUUUAGUACAGGAGGUGAAUCACUUGUUAGUGCACAGACUUCUGUUGCUGGAUCUGGCACUUCUGUCGUCUCUGGGAGCAAGCCUGCUCAUUUCGGUUCAUCUGCUUCAUCACCAUCCAUAGCAAACUUUCCCGUGUUUGGUUCUGCGCCUGGUACUACUGGCCAAGUUUCUGCUUCACCUUCGAAAAACGACCUAGUUGGCACCAGCAGUGCUGCUUCUGGAAUAUUUAAUUUUGGUGCUAGUUCGUCAGCUUCCAGUGCAGCAGGCAGGUUAACUGGGUCUAUAAAUGGCACGGCCCCGUUGGCAUUUGCAUUUAGUGCCAGUUCUGCAGCUCCUGCUUCGGAAACCAGUGUACCUGCCACCUCCAGCAGCGCUACUCCUGGGACAUUCAAUUUUGGUGGUAGUUCUUCAGCUUCCUCUACAAAUGCUGUUAACAUCUCCAGCAGUACUACCCCCAAUAUAUUUAAUUUUGGUGGUAGUUCUUCAACUUCCCCUACAAAUGCUGUCAACACCUCCACUAGUGCUACUCCUGGAAUCUUCAAUUUUGGUGCUAAUUCUUCAUCUUCCUUGACAAAUGCCGGUAGCACAGUCAAUGCUAGCCCAUUCACCUUCGGUGCCACUUCGGCCUCUUCACAAGCCUCUAGCACUGCUGGAAAUUUUGGAUCCAGUUUGCAGCCCCAAAAAUCUCCUGGCUUCACUUCCCCAUUUAGUUCUUCUGCUCUCUCUGGAUUUACAUUUGGAGCAUCUUCAUCUUCUUUUGCCACUCCAAGCACUUCUCCGAUGGUCUUUGGAGCGACACCCAGCGCCGCAAGUGGUUCUGCUUUUCUAUUUGGUUCAGCUUCUUCCACAAAUUCAUCUUCUCAGCCCAUGUUUGGGAAUUCUGCUUCAGCUUUUGCUGCGUCCCCCGGAAACAAUGAUAACAUGGAAGACAGCAUGGCUGAGGAUCUUAUGCAGGCUCCUGCACCGGCAGUUUCCUUUGGUCAACCUUCUGUCUCGCCCUCUCCAGGUGGCUUUGUAUUUGGUUCAACACCUAGUACAUUCCAGUUUGGAGGAGGCCAACAGAGUCAGACUGCACCUCAGAAUUCUUUUCCAUUUGCAGCAUCAAGCAGUCUAGUUCAGGCUGCUUCUCAGAAUUCUUCUCCAUUUGUAGCAUCAAGCAGUCAAGAAUUUGGUGGUGGUGGGAGCUUCUCGUUGGGUAGCAGUGGCCCUGACAAAUCAGGCCGGAAGUUUGUGAAAAUUAAUAAAAACAAACACAGAAGGAAAUGAGAACACCAGGCAAAGAUAAAUUGAUUCAUUGGUAGAUAUCGAGUGGCAGGAGACAGACUAAUCAUUUGAUUACAGCGCAGCAAUCAAAUGUCACAAUUUUGUUUACAGUUUUUAGAAGUCAAGAAUGAUUGUAUUUGUAUGAGUAGGGGGGCCAUGAAGGGUCUUGGUUCGCCAAAUUGUUUAGUCAACUUUGCUUUCUGUACUACAUGUAUAAUAGGAGUAAGUGGUAGUGCUUCUAAAUAUAUCUUUCCAUGGAUCUGCUGGUAAAUUGAUCAACAGAAACUUCCCUCUUUUGUCUUAAAGAGUAUAGGAAUCUUCUCUGCAAAUGGCUA